ACAUUUUUCACAUAAAAUACUAUGAUAAUUCAUGUACUCUGCUCUUCUUUCUUUUAAAUCUAAGUUGUAAUCUGAUGUCUUAAAAAUUCCAAAUUCAAAUUUUGGCCCAAAUUUCAUAUGCCUUUUUUUAAUAACAUCAGUUUCUUUAUCAUAACAAUAUGUACAAUAACAAUCCCACUUAUCAAUUUCAUUACUAUAUUUUACAUAUUCAUAUUCAUAUUUCAUAUAAGCUUUUUUAAUAAAAUCAGUUUCUUCAUUGUAGUAAUUACAUUCUUCACAUAAAAUA